AUGCGAAAAUCAUCCCACUCCAGAUCUCGUCUCUCUAUUCUUUUCCUUGUUGCUUUUGUCCUUUGUUUUUUAUCCAACAUUGACCUGACAACAAGCUCCUCUUCAUCAUUGGAUAUGAAAAUGAUUCAACAAUUGCAACAAUUCAUCAUUGACUGCACCUCUCCUGAUGGUUCACUUUCCGUGUGGAAAGAUAAAGUAGAUGUGAAUACAUAUCAUUCGAAUUUUGCAAUUCUUGGCUUGGCUAGAGCCAUGUCCACAACUGGAACUACCACUGCAUCUGUCUAUGCUUGGAAUUGGUUUCGAUGGUUUGUUUCACAUCAGAGCAACUCAACUGGUUAUAUCACAGAUUACACAAGAGCUAGUUCAGCAUUUGCUUGGAGUUCUACCAAUGAUAUGGAUAGUACUGAUUCAUAUGCUGCAUUAUUUAUUAUGGCUGUGGCUUCAGUUUAUGCUGUCGAUAAAAACUAUACAACCAAUCAAAUCAUGCCAGGAGUAAGAAAUAGUGUAAAGGCCAUGCAGUCAACCAUGCAAAAUGGGUUGACUUGGGCUAAACCAAAUUAUCACAUCAAGUAUUUAAUGGAUCAAUCUGAGGUCUAUGCGGGAUUCAAAAGUUGUGAAUAUCUUGCUAAAGUAAUCAAUGAUACAUCACUUGCCAAUACUUGUUCCUCUGCUGCAAGUGGAAUGAUUGAGUUGGUCAAUCAAUACAUGUGGAGCACAUCCAAUUUUAAUUAUAAUUAUGGUUUAGGCGAUUCAGAUGUUGUUACUCCAUCAAAUUGGACUAUAUUAUAUCCAGAUGCAGCUUCUCAAUUGUGGCCAGCUGCUUUCAACUUUCCAUUAAACAAAUCCACAAAUGCUCUCUGCUCCACAUUUCUGAAAUAUCACCCGAAUUGGAAAUAUCCCAAUGCUAAAGAUUACUUACCAACAUUAAUGAAUGUUAAUUAUGAAAUGACUCCUUGUGGAUACGCUCUCAUUUCAUGUGGAUUGGAUGUUUCAGAUGCUGUCAGUUCAAUUUGGUCAGCUGCCAAUGCAUCAAAUCUUGCAUAUCCAUUUCAUUGUGGAACAGCAGGUGAGUUGAUUUUACUUGCAACUGGAGGAUAUUCCACUCCUGUCUAUCAGAAUGUGGGUCCAACUUCUUCAACACCAUACGUUUACAAAUCGAGUAGCAAGACCAUUAGUGGCUCUAGCUCACAACAUCUUUCCCCGACAAUAAUCUUUUAUUUACUAUUGUUCUCAACAUUGUCAAUUUUCAUUGCUUAA